AUGGAGUACGAUACAUUCCCGGCACAGCAGUACAGCACCAACGACGCUACAUCAUUUGCGCACACGUCGGCGCGCUCGCGGUGGCCUAUCAUCAUCACCCAAGGCAUUGACGACGUGCACCGCUCACUUCACGGCACCAAAGAUGAGGCGGCCAUUACCGAAGGCAAAUGGGUUGUUGCAGAGCUAGCAAAGCUGAAGUACGAACUUCAACACGACCGCGAGCUGACUCCUAUCCCCGAUGACGGCGAGCGCGAUGUCGAGGCCUACAACAAGGAACUGGCCGCGAGGGGAAAUCCCAAGUGGCACAACGUACCCUGGCUAUACUCAGAGUGCUACCUUUACAGACGUAUAUCGAGCAUCUUUAAACAGACCAAGAAUUGGCGCUCGUACGAUCUCUUCGCCCGCCAGAAGAUGGCCACCUUCAAAUCUUCCCGUCCCGCUGUCGUCGAACUCGCCGCGCGCUACAAAGAUAUUGUCACCGAGCUUGAGCAGAAGAAGACGAUAAAGGGUGCCGAGACGCAGGAGCAACUCGAGGCCGCAGAGAAGGUCUUAUUCACCGAGAUGUGCGAGAUCUGUCUUUGGGGCAAUGCGACGGAUCUCUCCCUUCUGACCAACCUCUCGUACGAGGACAUCCAGAAACUCCAAGGGUCCGAGGCGCGUAAGAACUCUGAAAAGAAUAUCUUGGUCAACGAUCUAGACAAAGCAUUCAAGGUACUCACAUCUGCUCAAAAAGAGGGUAAGAAGGAGCGACGUGUUGACAUCGUCCUGGACAACGCUGGUUUCGAGCUCUUUGUCGAUCUCAUCCUCGCCGGCUAUCUUAUUGCUUCUGGCCUAGCGACAAACGUUGUAUUCCACCCCAAGUCCAUUCCCUGGUUCGUCUCAGAUGUUCUGCCAGCCGAUUUCGGCGCUUUACUCUCCGCACUAGCCGAUCCCCAAAGUUUCUACAGUGCGCUAUCCGAAGACGAGAAGCACGCUGGUAAGAAAUCCGUACCACUAUCGGAUACGGAAAGCGCGGCUUUACAGUUUUUGUUCCAGCAUUGGAGCAGUCUGCAUGCCGAGGGCCAGUUGAUGUUGCGACCAAAUGACUUUUGGACUGCAGGCGGUAGCUACUGGCGACUUCCCAAGACGGAACCGGAGUUGUAUGAGGAUCUGAAAGAAAGUGAACUCGUCAUCUUCAAAGGCGAUUUGAACUAUCGCAAGUUGACUGCUGAUGCUGCCUGGCCGGCUACCACGCCCUUUACCGACGCUAUUGGGCCAAUGGGCCUAGGCUCAGGUCUCCGCGUUCUCGCGCUCCGCACCUGCAAGGCCGAUGUCGUAGUAGGACUGGCGGACGGCGAGGAUGAACGCAUCAAAGCUUUAGAAGGGGGUGGUGGAGACAGUGGGUCUAGAAAGUGGGCAUGGAGUGGCAAGUGGGCUGUCGUCCAAUUCUCGGACGGAAAGGCCUAA